UGGCUCGGCUCUUAGACUAACAUACAUGUACAGAUAGCGGCCAUGAAGGGAAAUCUGCCAUUUUGUAUUGAUUGGGGCAGUGUCCAGUGAGAUUUACCUGUAAAAUGGCAAUUCUGAUCAGACUGUAGCCAGGGUUUUGGUGAUAGCCCAGAGCGUGUACAGGAAACAGGUAACUAGCCAGCCCAAGGGGCCCCUUGCUGAGAAUUACACAGGCAGAGAGGGACAGUGUUACCUGGGCCUCCUCCAAUUACCUGUGGUUACUUGUGUGCCAGGCACAUGUAGCUGUUAAUGAGAAAGGUGGAGUGUCUGUGUGGGAACUGCAGAUAUGAAUGAAACGACAAGUAAGGUGUUACAUCAUUGCUAGACUUCAGGACCAAAGGUUAACCAUCAAUCAGGAUAAUUACCAACAUCUACUUCAAAGAAGAUUAAUUUUUACCUGUGCUUAGACUGUGGUGACGUGUGUCAAUACACCUGAUGUGACGGCUUGACCACACACCUGUCAUCACUAUACAAGCCAAUGUGACUCAGGGAGAAUAUUAUUGAUUCGAGAGUUUUAUCUGUGAGGAUAUUUAAUGCUACCUGCUGUUGUGACAUCAUGUAAGACAUGAAUCAUGCCACUAUCUGGAGCAAUUUCACAGUGGGAUUUUACCAGGGUUGACCGCAAAGCUUGUUCCUCAUGCAAAAUGGCAGGAAGUGGUUGUGGUUGUGAUCAUCGACGGAGAAGGGAGGUAAUUCUUUCCUGUGAUAGGGUCGCGUGUGAUUUCGACCCCCUCUCUGUUCCACACCAAAAUGAUAGCUGGUGUGGGAAUAGUGCUAUUCGAACAUGUACAGUUCCAAUGUCAGAUUGGAAGCCUACAUGUAGGACUGACCAAAGGCAGCAGCUUGCUGGUGACCUUCAUGGACAUUUGCCUUCAUUGCAGUGGGCAAAAUGGCGGAGGUUUGGGCAUGGCCCAUUUCCUAACUCUCUACACAAUAGUCUGUGGUAUUUUUUCAUCUUUACAGUGCUUCUGUUUUCACAAUCAUUACAAGUAUCAGCUCAGUCUUUCACCAGACGUCCAUCCAAUCAAAGGCCGAUCUUAGGAGAAGAUGUCAUCUUACAAUGUGCCUAUUCAAGCAAUGAUUCGCCAAUUAUCCUCUGGCAGCAUGGUCCAAAGUUGUUGUUCGCAGGACAAAUCCGGCAGCAAGGUGUUUCAGAUCGCUAUUCUCUUGUGAAUGCCAGUGACUUGAAGAUUACAGGUGUGACUUUGGGGGAUUCUGGUUCUUACACUUGUACGCCAUCUGGAGUGACAGCUGUACAAGCCACAGUAACUGUACUAGUUGCACCUGGGGUGCCUGAGAUAACCCUUGAUGGGUCCACCUCCCCUCUGACGGAGGGGGCAAGUUUGACAUUAACCUGCAAUUCAACUGGAGGCAACCCAAGCCCAACAUUAGUCUGGAAACGCAAUGGUCAAGAGGUCAAUGCUGGACCCACCACUAAAGGUCCCAAUGCAGGUGAUCCCGCUAGCAGACAACUGACCAGACAGCUUGACUGGACCGAUCACCUAGCCACAUAUACCUGUGAAGCUGUGAAUGAGGUGAACCAAGCGCAGCCAGCCAGUAAAAGCCAAACCCUGCAAGUCAGAUAUUCCCCAAGGAUUACCUUUGGUUCUUACAACCCAUACAGAAUAUUAGAAGGAGCGUCAGUGACAUUAACAUGCGAAGUCAGUGCAUUCCCUACAAAUGGCAUGACGUUCAAGUGGGAAAAAGAUGGUGUCCGCUUACCGCAGAUAAGCAAUGCUUUGUUGUUUCCACGAGUAGAGAAAACUGAUAGUGGCACUUACACCUGUUUUGUCUUCAAUGGUAUUGGAAAAGAGAAGAAUGAAUCUAUAUUGCUGGAUGUACAAUAUGGACCAGAGAUUGUGGAAUGGCAGAAUCAGGUGAUAGUCAAUGAGUCUGACAGCGUUAACCUGACAUGUAAGAGCAUAGCAAACCCCAUCCCCGGGAACGUGAAAUGGACGUCAUCUAAUGGGAUCUCGCAGUACAACCCUUCCCUCAUCUUUGACAGAAUCCUGAGGAGAGACGCAGACAACUACACCUGUAUGGUCACCAACAGGGUUCAGCCAUCUGGUGGCACCCCUGAGUCCAUUCAAGCAGAGAAAAUAGUGGAACUCCUUGUACAGUAUCCCCCUGGGGUGCCAACCUUUCACCCAAUGGAUACACCCAACGUUGGGGACAGAGUUGAAAUCAAGUGUCUCUUUCCCGAACCAGGUUUUCCUGUGGGGACAAUAGAAUGGCAGAAGGAAGGUACAUCCGAGAUUGUCACCGGGGAUGUAUACACCAUUGAGACUGCUACCUUAUCGGACAGUGGCGUGUACAAAUGCCGGGGAAAGAACCUAAUGGGCACAGGGGAUUGGAGCAGAAUACAACUGAAUGUCAACGAGCCCCCAAGGUUUGUUGCCACAUUGCCAGCUUCCCAGAACGUGAAUAUAACAGAGAUUGGGUUCCGGCUGCAGUGUCAGGUCAGAGGUCGUCCACAGCCUGAUGUACAGUGGAGGAAGAAUGGAAUUCCCUUUGAUGUGAGAGGAGACGGAGACUUCUACAGGAUCUCACAAAGUGCUGCAGAAACUAGUGACUCGCAGAGCUCUAUUGUCACAAGUACUCUAGCUUUCAAAGGGUUCCAACGGCUUCAUAGGGAGGACGGAAGAGAGGAUCAGCUGUUGAUGGAAGACACCGCAAAUUACACCUGUGCCUCUGGGGCAAUCAGUCAGACCAUUCAGAUAUUUGUACAAUAUGCCCCUUUGGUAACAGUGACACCUCUCAAGGUUGCCCAGGAUGCCAACAGCACUGUUACCUUCACUUGUUUGGCUAAAUCCAAUCCAGAGCCCAUUUUCGAAUGGCAUUUCAAUGAGCAGGUGCUCAACAGUGAUGGUAAAUACCGCAUACAGUCUGGAGGUAGAGGACAACAGGAGUACGAGUACACCAGUAUCCUCACUGUCAGCCAGGCUUCUCAGUCAGACCAUGGAACGUACAAGUGCACCGCCACAAACUCUCAGGGCACAAACACCCAAACAGCUGCCAUUGUUGACAAAUCUGUACCUGAUGCCUGCAAGGAUCUGAAGGUGCUGGGGAUGACCUGGAACUCCGUUUUCCUGGAUUGGACCCCUGGUUUUAAUGGUGGAGAGGAUCAAACUUUCAUGGUAUAUUACACCAGUGACAAGCACUCAGACAAUGUGGAAGCUCCCAGGAAUGGUUUCAACAUUUCAGGACUCCAUCCCUCUACUUCUUACACACUGAGAGUUGCUGGCGUAAAUAGACGCGGGACAGGGCCUAAGUCAGCACCAAUAAACGUCACCACUAUGAAUUACAAUUUCACUGUUCCAACUGCGGUGAAAUUUGAACAUGCCAGCAAUACGCUGUCAUUUGAGCCACCGGGUCCGGGUUACUUUGCUAAGGUGGAGGUGUGGAUUAAUGAUGAACAAGGCUGGCAGGUGUCAGAAGAGAGAGCAAACACAGAAGGAGGCUCCAUCAGACUGAAGGAGGAAAAUAUCAAGAAAUGUCGAGUGUGCUUUUGUUUGGAGCUUCAACCCUAUGUGUGUUCCUCAUCUGUUCAAGCUGAGUCAGUUGGGGACCCAGCGACACCUGCCUCUGGGGAUCUGCCUACAGAGGGUGUGGUGGCCAUCGCCUGUGUCUGUGCUCUCAUCAUCAUUGGCCUCUGCAUCAUACUGGUCUGUGUGAUCCGCAAGAAAAAGCAAGACAAAGCAGCUAAGGACUAUGAGCUGGAGACACAAGCAAACCGAAGGUCUCAGCCAAUCAACAACCCCAAAGACAUUCAUCCAAAGCGUGGCUAUGAUAACCCAGAUUUUACAUCGCAUCAGAUUCAGAGAAAUGGUCAUGUCGCAACAGCUCCGAUACCCAAUGGGAAGUUAAAUGAUUACAAACCUCCCAUGAACACGGAAAAUUCAUUUGAGUCUGGCGACAUGAACAAAUAUGAUGACUAUGACCACAACCAUCAUCACAGUUAUGGUGAGGAACCCCUAGCCUUUAUUCCUUACUCUUCAUUGUACUACAACCAAGGUGAUCCACACUACAACUACGACAGACCACAAGGAGAUUACAUAGAGCGGCCACCCAGUCACCUCAAGGACCCCAGUGUAAGCGGCCAGGAGAGCGGUUAUUCCACACCUGAACCCACUAAACCCAAAAAGGUCAUUUAUGAAGUGGUGGUAUGAAGCGGUACCGUGUUGAUCAUGUUGAUAUAGUACGUGAUAAGUGGUGUUGUUGUGAAUCACUCUCUCGUGCUGUCAGAGUCCAUAUCCACACUCCCCAAGCCCACAGUGCCGAUGGCUGUACCACACCAGGGGAGCCAACUCCCAGUCAGACCUUCAUUGUUGUUGUCUGGUUCUGUACUGUUCUAUUAGUGUGUCUGUGCUUGUACCUGACUGGAGUUCUCUCCCAUUUCUCCCUGCACCUCAGGAUAGUGACCCUUCUGUGCAGCAGCUAGGUGGCUACAAUGCGGUCACCAUGGCAGUAAUGCUAGGGAUUUUUAAGAUGAAUGCCCGAGAUGAGUGGAUGUAAGAUGAAUUAUGUGCCAAGAACAUGGGAUUUUGUAUUUAUGUGUUGAUCUGUGUUUAUGCUGAUCACUAUCUGACAAACAAGAGGGUCAGAGUAAGGACAAGUGGCUUCACUCAUGGGUUCAUUGAGAGACAGAAUUUUGUUCGUGAUUCUCAAGAGUUUUGCCGUCCUGCCAUUGAGUGGGCAAAAAAAAAGAAGAAAAACAAGGACUCGUGCAAAAUCAUUGGACUAUGACCCUAAAAUGUAUGGAUUUAUGUAGUAGUUCUGUGAUUUGGAAGGUAGAGCGUUACAUCGUUAAGGCUGCUCCCAUAUUGUGGAUGUGUAUAUUAUGCACCUAAGGUUGAGCAUGGGCAUAUGUGCUGUGUAUCAUAAUGUGUACAAAUAAAUAUGCUUAACUCCUGAGUUGAAAGUGUCAGUAUUUUCAGCACCAUACAAAAAUGUUUCCAGUUUUUAUAAUUCAUGUGUGAUCAUGAAAAUGUGUGCAUUUCUUAUCAUCUCUAUACUUAUUGAGCUUUUAUCCCACGUGCUGCUAAUUUUUUAACAUACCUCAGUGUCAUGCUGGAAGGUUAGGGUUGAAAGUGUGAGAGAACUGUUCAUUGUAUCAUGACAUUUAGUUAUAUUUAUCAGUUCACUCAUGAUGCUACGUUUUUUUUAAAGACUGUUGUUUUACAUCCAAUUACAGUGAGACUCUUCUCUAUAAAUAAACAUUCAGUGUAAAUAAGCAUUAAGGAGUUUGCUCAUAAUAUUUUGACUGUAAACCCUGCAAAUAUCAUAAGGUUUUAAACAUUUAGAUUUCCAGCAAUAUGUAUAGUAUAAGCAGUUAUAUUCUCACAUGUUCAUAGCUGUUGUCUUGUUUUAAGUAAAAUAAGAUCAUAAGGUAUUGUGCACAGGAAAUUUGAACCCAGUCUGUAGAUGUGAGAAUUGAAACAGGUGCUUUCUCAUAGCAUGUAUCACAUCUGACCAUAGCUCUGUACAAAACCUAUUUGUAUUAAGUGUUAACCCAUUGAAGUCAAACUUACAAAAUCUUUGUAGAUAAAACAACUUCAUAUGUACGCAACUGCAGUUUUUGGCGGAGACUAUUUUACCGUCAUCAUUGUAGCUAUUUUCUCAUCAUGUAUAUAGAUCAUUUAUCGUGAUGUAAUAUAACAUAAACAUGAAUUAAACAAACUGUAUGAUUUUA